AUUACCGUCGACAACACACAAUCCUGCCAAAGCUGAUUAUUUCCCGUCCAUUUCUCUCUCCUCCCUUCCCUUUAAUCCUGACGCAUUCAGAUGAGACCUCGGUCGUGAACCUGGGUUUGUACCCCAUAGGGCAACAUCCAGUUCGACCUUAGUCCUAAGCCAUGAUCUCAUUUUUUUAUCAUGGCACAUCUCUCUUCCGCAGCAGCUUCAAGCCUUGUCCGGCCGCGGAUAGCCAUCGCCCUUGUGUCUGUCAUUACCGCUGUCUCCUUAGGCUACUACUAUUAUCACCACAUCCAUAAUCUCUCUUCAGACCGUGACUCCCCCGAGACUACACCCGACCUCCGCCGGCGGAAUGCUGUGCGACGCCCUCAUGGUCCAUCGCAACGUCCUGACUCCUCCUCGGAAUCCGAGUCGCACGGCGAUGAGAAUGCGGAUGUGGGUGCGUCGACUCCCCCCCCCAAUCCUCCGGCGCAUACCGACGACCAGGGCCCUGAGGAAUGGUACAACGAUAACAGCCAGGCCCCACGGCAGCGCACCGGCGAGAACAUAGUAACCCUGUUAUUCCGAGUGUCUGAGGACAAUGCUAGGCGUAACGCCUAUGUUCAUCGUGGCUGUCAGUGUAACGGAUGUGGGAUGGUUCCUAUUCGAGGAAUCCGCUAUCGUUGCGCUAACUGUGCCGACUUCGAUCUGUGUGAGGUGUGCGAAUCCCAAGGCCUUCACAACAAGACACACGUCUUUUACAAGGUGAAGGUGCCAGCCCCGCCCUUUGGGACUCGCCACGUGCAGCCAGCCUGGUACCCAGGCGAUCCCGAUAACUCCAUACGUAACCUGCCCCGCUAUCUCCUCUCAAAGUGGUCCCAUGAGACGGGGUUUGAGCGCGUUGAGCUCGAUGCCUUCUGGGAACAGUGGACCUUCAUGGCCAACACGGAGUGGAGAGAUGACCCAGACGGUCUCGGCUUAGCGAUGGACCGGAAGACUUUCGAGCGUUGUCUCGUCCCGUCCGGCGGUUACAGGCACGCAGCGCCUAACCUCAUCCACGACCGCAUGUUUGCAUUCUACGACACCAACCACGACGAUCUUAUCGGUUUCGAAGAGUUUCUACACGGUGUGUCUUACAGGAAGAGAAAGGACAAGCUCAGGCGGACAUUUGAUGGCUACGAUAUCGACGGCGACGGUUACGUGAGUCGACGGGAUUUCCUACGCAUGUUUCGGGCGUAUUAUGUGCUUUACAAACAGAUGCACAAAGAUAUCCUCGAAGGCCUCGACGAUCAUAUGAUGACUACUACAGAAGCUCAGCAGCUCAUCAAUGGUAGGCAACCGCUAAGCGGUCUCUUCGGUAGAGAGGGCAGGGUCCCCCCAGCGGACCACUCGAGACCGAUGGAGGGCAAAAUCUUUCGGUCCAAUGGAGGCGUCGAGGUAAACGAUGGCAGAGGUGUCGUUAAUGAGGACAAACCGGACACAUCUAGCCGUGAGGAGAUACUAAGUAGCUUGUUUACUCGGAAUGGCAACCGAAGCCUGUUCACUGAGUCGUUCGGCCCUGCCUCCAGGAGACCCCAAUCACCACACGGUGAUGCCCGCUACUGGUCCGGAAUCGUCAAUCCUCCUCAGACCGUGGUUGACCUGGAAUCAUUGUUCUCAGGAAACUACACCCAACUUCAUGACAUUCUCGAGUCGAUCCGCCAUGAGGAGCAACGUACGUUGAGCGACGAUGCGGGGAGCAUUUCGUCUGGGGAGGAUGGCCAGAGCCAAUGCGAGGGCCAAGACGCAGAUGAUGCCGACGAGGAGCACCCCGAACCCACGGGCACGCCUGAGUUUACACGAUCUGCCGCCGCCCGAGCUAUCCCAGAUGCCAGCAGAUUCACCAACACAUUGCCAACAGAGAGCCAACUUCGAGUGCAGCAUCAAGCUAUCCUGGCUAACGGCCGUCGACUAGACAUUGACAAACGGAAAAGAGUGGUGGCUAGAAGGCAGCUCUAUGAGAGGUGGAAGCGGCGUCAAUUUUAUCUCGACGAAGAAGAAGGUGCCUUACCUCCGCAGGGCUGGGACGAGAACCAAGAUGUCUUACUGAAUAUGAACGCCGUCGCCGAAUCGUCCAAAUCCGCGCCUCAUUUCUUGUCUCCGCGGUCAAGGUCGUCCUCCAAGGUGCGCUUUGCCGAAGAUGCGGACGACUUCGAGACUAGAUCUAACAUAUCCACCUCUUCACGGAGUGUGCCUGAGAGGUGGGGGGGGAUGGAAAUACCGGAUUCCGAGCGAGAUGCGGGCAAGGAAAUCCUCUAUCAAGUUACUCAGCAGGCUUUCAAUGAGCUGCUAGACGAGAUUUUCAAGAAAAAGGAAGAUCUGGCUGUCCAAGCUGCCGAGACUAGGGAACAACGUGAGAAACACAGGGACCUUUUUGACGCGAUUAUCCUGGAUGACGAAGACGACGAAUCAGCCAGCCAGCAGUCGGAGGAGCGACCCAUGCAUGACUCAGAUGCUAGCCGCCCAACACGACAGCAAAAUCAGCACGAAUCGUCGGCUAGCCGCUACCAAACUAAUCAACCCGACUCAGAACUGCCCCCAACGACUUCGGCCAGGGAUGUACAGAACACAGAGGAUCGGACAAGGGCGAUUGGGCAAGCCGAUGUCCUGCAGAUUAGCCCGGGACCCUCCGAGUCUCUGGAAUAUAGAGAUCCUACUCUUCCUCAGAACCGUCCAAACCAUCCUACGCCGAUGCCGGGUGAACCGGGAGACCAGACAAUCGCCAGCUGUCGUGAUGCCCCUGGACACACUCGGACGGUGGGAGUGAAGGCUUCUAAACCUAAGUCACCGGAGCAAAUACCACAUUCUACGCUUGUGUCGUGGAAGCGACUCGACGUCGCUGAACAGGAAGCCAGGGACCGGGGUGGAUGGGGUCGGCUAAAUUAUAAAGAAUUUGAGGAGAUAUACCGCGAACACGAAUUCAAUGAUAAUGGCCGUAAUCGGCUCGAUUAUUUGGGUAGCUGGAUCGAUUUCUGUAUUCCAUAGGACGUCAUGCUGUGACGAUGCCCCCUCAAUACUCUCCAGGUCUGGGGUGAAUGGCAAGGUUCUAUGAUCCCUGCCAGCUCAGCCUAUAUGCUCAUCGUCUCUCGCGGGCAAACUAAGACGCGUACGACGCUCUUGAAGCCGAGAGAUUUAAUUGGGAAUACUGUCCUCGGUGGUAAGCCUGCCUCGUUUACACCUGACUUGCUCUAUCUAGCAGCCUAGUAACACGAUGUGAGCUAACAAUCGGGUCUUAGUGAGAAAUACAAAUUGAAAGGGCGAUAUUGUCUUCGGGCGGUGUUUACUCACAUUCAUCUCAGACUUAGCACCCGUUUCCCGUCCCCCCUUCAUCUUUUCAAACUGUCUGCUGUGCCAUAC